AUGGCGUCUAGUAUCAACGCGCAGCUCCACGCAGCCCGCAGGCUGCUUCCCCUUCCUCUCGCCUUCCUGCUGCUCCUCGCCGCCACCAGCGCCAGCGCCGCGCGGCCCGUCCUUCACGCAUCCCCCUCCGCCACGCGCGGCGUCGCCCGCCGUGCACUCGCCCGCACGGAUUCCGCCGUGUCCCCGCACAGGGUGGAGCGCCGAAAGCUCUUCAGCUGGGACGGCGUGACCGUGGAUCAGAUCAUUGCCGGCAGCCUGGGCACGAUCGACGGUCCAGAGGACGACGAGGGCGACCCGGCGUCCGCGCAGGUGGAGGUGUGGCACUUCUGGGAUAACUCCGAGUUCACCGUGUAUUACAAGCAGGGCCCGUUCUCCGUGGAGAAUCUUGGCAAUGGCGGGUAUGAGAACUGGUCGUUCGGAGGCAACUGGCAGCGUUACGGCGCCGAUGAGAAGGUGGUCGUCUUCUCCUAG